AUGAGCGCAACUCCGAGACAGCGGACUGGUGGUUUCCCACAAACGCCGGCGACCGCAGCACCGGGCAGAUCACGACGACAAGACCCCGACCCAAACUCCUCCGUGUCCUCCCAGAAGAGCAGCCGAUCAUCUGCUCUCCCUCUAGCCCCCGAAAAUGCCUCCCGCGGCGGCCCCGCAACUGAGCCAGUCAUCCCUCUGACAAUCCUAGACGCACCCCAGCAACGCUUCUACGCCUUUGCGAUAUACGUUGGUCUGUUUGCUUGGAGGUUCUACGACUGGAUCAAGCUGGUGGAGGAUAACGACACAUCAGCUUGGCUGUUCCUCAAAUGGGUCUUCAUUGACUUUGGUUUCUUGUUCGGCCUCCCGGAACUGAGGAUACCAUGGCUGGAGAUGUCACAACCCGUCGUUACGGCCAUUUUCCUCUUCCACGCUUUCUUCAAUUUCAUGUUGAUGUUCAACAUUCCGCUUCCACUGCAGCCAUGGCUCAUUGGCUUCUUUAAGGUCUUUUACGACCGCGAGGUAGCCGUUUCGGAGCACACAGUCAAGGUCUCGAGUAUUCUGCAUAAUCAUUCCUUGAUCAUGGGAAGACAGAUCAUCAAUAUUCUGCCGGAAGGCUCCGCGGUUCUCAAUUUUGAGCAAAUCCCAUUUUGUAUCGGCGAAGGCCGCGAGACUGCCCGGCUGCCUAUCCAGUUCAACUCAACGGUGCCCGCCGAAAUGGAACUCACUCGCAUCGAUCUCGAGACCAACCAAGAGGAAACCAUCAAGCUGUCUAGUCGCGACGUUCGGAAAAUUGCGAAACAGAUCAAGGAUCAAACGGCAGAAUCCAACCCGCUAGCCCACAUCAUCGAAUAUCCAGUCAAGAAGACCGGUGUUUACCGUCUCGGUAGGGUUCUGGACGAAUACAAGCUUGAAGUUCAGCGCGCGACCCGGGACACAUACGUUGUUCCAUGCCCUAAGGCCAAGUUUCGUACUCCUGACAACCAGGGCCGCUGCAUCAGAGACUUGUCCGAUUUGCUUGUCGACGUCACCGGAACACCGCCCCUGAAGAUUGUCUACAGUCGAACGGUCAACGACAAGGACAAGAGUUUCCACUUCCAGAGCCUGCAGCCAGAGGAUCACACGUCGCCCUUGCUGGGCUCGCCGUCUUCGUCUUUGACUCAUGCCGGCGACGAGGACACGUCGUGGGUCAGGCCUCAAACCGUGGCGGUACGUCUGAACGAGACACUGGACGAACCAGGUCGAUGGCAGUACGCCGUAGAUGAGGUUACGGACGGGUUUGGUAAUGUUCGCAAGUACGCUCCUUCUGCGGAAGAGACCGAGGCGCGUGCCCGGCCUAAGGAUCUGGCUCGCACCUUUUUGGUAAAGGAGCGACCCAAGGUCAAGCUACAUGGCUGCGAUCUCCGCAAACCACUCAAGGUUGCUAAAAAGGACAAGGCGCGCCUGCCUGUGCACUUCUCAAUCGAUGGCAAAACCGCAGAUGCCUCUCAUACGGUCACGUGGGACUUCUCGCCUAUCGACUCGUUGACCAACAGCGGCGACCACGGUGAUAAGGUUUCUGUGGCUUCCUUCUCCGCUGUCAACUCUCGCGAUCAGCCUCUGGUUUCGGAGCCUGGGCUGUAUACGCUGAAAUCAGUCUCGAGUGGCUCGUGCGAAGGAGAAGUUCAGGAGCCAUCGUCAUGUCUUCUGCUCAAUCCACUGGAGCCGCAGUUAUCGAUUCGCUCCGAAGAGAUACCCGACAAGUGUGCAGGCAACUCUGUGGGACUCCGGGUGGACUUGGACCUGAUUGGAACACCGCCAUUUGUGGUCCGGUAUGAUGUCGUUGACGAACAACUCAAGACUAGACACGAAUCAGUCAAGGUCGAAGGCCUGAGACAACAAGUCGAACUCAGACCCACAGCUGCCGGACAUCAUAAGUACAUCUUCAAAUUCGUCGACGACGCUAUUUACAAAAAUCGGCCUUUGAGCCCUGACAUGACCUUGGAGACGGACGUCAAGCCGGCCGCUUCAGCGGUCAUUCAUCAUCCUACGGGACUCAAAAGUGCCUGUCUGGAAGAACCAGUCGAGGUUGAGAUACACCUUCGUGGUGAUGCUCCCUUUUCGCUCGAAUGGGAGCUCGUACACGACGGCAAGCGCAAGUCUGAGCGCGCCACCGGUAUUGCGGGCCCGAAAUUCAAGAUCAAAACCAAGCCUCUCGCAAAGGGAGGAGAGUACACGCUUGCUCUGAACAGCGUCCAAGACAAAUCAGGUUGUCGCACCUUCCUGAAGGAUGAGCUGAAAAUCUCUGUCAGGCGCCAGAGACCCCGUGCGGCAUUUGGCCUGGUAGAGAACAAGCGGAGCAUCAAAACGAUCGAAAAUGCCGAGGUCAAGUUGCCGUUGCGUCUUCAAGGUGACAAGCCUUGGACCGUUUCUUACCGCAAUAUCGAUGAAGGCGAUGCCGUUCGCACAGAGAAAUUGAGAAACGACAACGACAUCCUUACUGUCGAGGCACGAGGCACGUACGAGAUUAUCGACGUCCAAGAUAGAGAAUGUCCCGGAAUCGUGGACCCCCAGGCAUCCAGAUUCGAGGUUGAUUGGUAUCCUCGACCGCAAAUUUCCCUGAUACAGACCGACACGGUCACCUCAGACGGUAACAAAUUCUCGAAGCGCGAUGUUUGCGAAGGAGAUAUUGAUACAUUUGAAGUCUCUCUCAAGGGCUCUGCUCCUUUCCAUGUUGAUUACAAGGUUGAGCACCACCCCUUUGAUGGGUCUUCCAAGGGCCAGGCCUCUAGCAAAAAAGACCUCGAUACCUCUCUCAACAAAGCGUCCAUCCCCAUGGACACUUCGAAGCCUGGUCGAUACAUUUAUCAGUUCUCUGAACUAGCAGACAAUCUCUAUGACGGCAAAACAAACUCUCACUCCUUGACAGUGGCUCAGCGUGUUAAUGCCAAGCCGUCCGCUGCCUUCAUCAAGCCUGGGCAGUCUUUCAAGUACUGCAAGACGGAGCAGGACAAGGAAGACACGAUUCCUAUCACACUCAACGGUGUCGCUCCAUUCCACGUUGAAAUUGAGAUCAAGCAUCAUAGCGGCACCAUCCCCGAGACGUAUCGGAUCCCGUCAAUCCAGACUAACUCGUACGGCAUCCAUAUCCCAAGGCAGUAUCUGCGACUGGGGAUCCAGCAUGUUCGCAUCCGCGAAGUCAGAGAUGCCCGUGGGUGCCAAAAGAAGUACGAAAUCGGCGCGCCGUCCGUACAAGUCCAUCUUCACGAUGCCCCUGCCAUAUAUCCUCUUGAGAGCCGUGGAGACUACUGCGUCGGCGAGCGUAUUGCAUACACACUUUCUGGCACGCCUCCGUUUGAGAUCUGGUAUGAUUUCCAGGGUCAGCAACGCAAGGCCAAAUCUGGCACCACCAACUUCCGCCGAAUCGCCGAGUCUCCUGGCGAAUUCACCAUCACAUCCAUCUCUGACAAGGCCUCGGAGUGCCGCGCCUCCGUCGACAUCACCAAGACCAUCCACCCUCUUCCCGCUGUCAAGAUCAGCAGGGGACGACAGACUCGCGUGGACAUCCACGAAGGCAACGAAGUGGAGAUACUCUUUGAGUUCUGGGGCACCCCGCCAUUCGAGUUCACCUACACACGCAGCUCCAACGCUCGCAAGGGCCAGAAGAGCGUGGUGCUGGAGACGCGACACGACGUCUCGUAUGAGAGCAGCAAGAUCAUUCGCGCGAGCCAAGAAGGCACGUAUGAGGUGGUCGCCAUCAAGGACAAGUUCUGCGCCUUCUCCACGCAGCAGGUUGCCGGCACUGGCAAGGACCAGAAGCUGCUGCAGUAUUAG